CUUCCCAUUCACACUUCAUUCAUGCCCUCUUCUCUUCCCUCUUACCCAAGCAACCAUCCUUCGCCAACUCUCUCUCUCUCUCCAUCCAUCAUCUGACGCACAAAGAUGUCCAUUGCUGGUGAUCCUCAAGCUCCGCAACACAGUCACGGUGUCUUCAAAUCGAACAGCCUUAAAAAUGGGGAAGUGGGUGGUUGGAGUUUCCUGCGAUCUCUGUCUGAAAUCUCUGGCAUUGCCCGAAACAGAGGAGACACUGACACUGACACUGUCUACGUUCACCCAUCUUCUAAGCGUCCUAAGCUCAGCGACAAGAGCUUAGAAAUGUGCACGGAGAGGCUCGGGAGUGAAACGGGAAGCGAGAACGGGGACGACAUCUCUUUCCUUGCGGUCGAAGCGACUGCGACUCUGGCUCUGGUUCCUCCUCCGAAGCCCCGAGAUGGAAGCUUUGCGACGGAGAGGCCGUUGGUGAGUCGCAGCAACAGCUUUCCUCCGCCGUUAAACUCCGUACGAGGAUCGAACCGUAGUCGAAUGGUGCGUUCUUAUAGCGAAGACGGCCGUCUGGUUGUAAGGGCCAUCACGGUUCGUUCUCCGCCUCGUUGCUUUGUAGCAGAACGCAGCGAAGGAAGGCUUCGGCUCUGUUUCUCGGAGCCUUCAUUGCUCGAUCAUCACUAUGAGGAACCUGAAGAAGGAGAAGAAGAAGAGUUCAACGUCAAAUCCUUUGAAGAAGAAGAAGGGGAAGAGGAAGAGUUCAACGAGAUGGAGGAGGAAGAGGAAGAGGAAGAGGAGGAGGAGGAAGAGGAGGGCAUGGAGGGAAAUACAGAGAACAUGGAGGGCAAAAUGAGAAACAAGAAAUAUCGGAGGCCCAGUAGCAGGUGCAAGGAAAGUGGGCAUGACCCUAAACCCAUGCUUAAUUGGAAGCAGCAAUUUUGGGUGGCCACUUGACCCGAUUUUCCACGUCAUAAUUUAUAAUGUUAUCUCCCGUUUUCUAUUUCAAAUAUUUUCUUAUUUGCAUUUUAUUUUUCGGGUUUCACAGUCACAGCCCUUCCCAUGUAAAAGGUUGAUGAUGUAAUACGCUUUCUAUUUCUAUGAUAAGGAAAUGGGAGUUAUUAUAGUUAUGUUUA